CGUCCCGCCUUUCCCCCAGGCUCCGCCCUCUGCCUCUAGCCCCUCCCUCAAGGGUUGGGCGUCGGCGCGGCCUAGCGAGCGCUGAGGGAGGGAGGGAGAGCGGAGGGGAAGGGAAGGGAAGGAGGCGGGGCAGAGAGGGGAGGCGGCUGGUCGGCCGGCCUGAGGGGCCACAACACCGGCGGCUGACGGCAGCGAGAGCCGUCGUGGGUCCCCCCGCGAUGUUGCAGUUGCGGGACUCGGUGGAAGGCUCCGGCGAGGCGGCGUUGAUGGUCCCGGCGGCCGAGGCCGACGUCCCCUUCACCCCUCCGGGGGACCUGCCUUCGUCGUCAUCCCUGCCGCCCAGGCAGACCCUGCGGCCCCUCAGCGUGCACAACCCGACCCGCGGAGGACGCCUCAAGGAGUACUUCGUCUUCCGGCCAGGAACAAUAGAACAGGCUGUCAAUGAGAUACGUGUGGUCGUGUUGCCCACUGAAGAUGGAGAAGUGCAAAGUGUAUGGCUGCUAACUGAAAUUGAUCAUUGGAACAAUGAAAAGGAGCGAUUGGUUCUUAUCACUGAUUGGUCCCUUCUGAUCUGUAAAUAUGACUUCAUCAGCCUGCAGUGUCAACAAGUGACCAGAAUAUUACUUAAUGCAGUUGAUACAAUUUCAAUUGGAGAAUUUGAGUUUCCUCCAAAGUCACUGAAUAAGCGGGAAGGCAUCGGAAUUAGAGUUCAAUGGGAUAAGCAAAGUCGUGCUUCCUUCAUCAAUAGAUGGAACCCCUGGUCUUCAAACGUGCCAUAUGCUACUUUUACAGAACAUCCAAUGGCUGAUGCAGAUGAGAAGAUAGCCUCUCUUUGCCAAUUAGAGAACUUCAAGACACAACUGAUUCAAGCUGUGAAGAAGGCCCAUAAGGAGCGCCCUCUGCCCGGGAGAGCGAAUGGAGUUCUGGUGCUGGAACGACCUCUUCUCAUUGAGACCUACCUGGGGUUGAUGUCUUUCAUCAACAAUGAGGCCAAGCUCGGCUAUUCAAUGACAAGAGGAAAAAUUGGAUUUUAGCUGCCACUAAAAAGAUAGCUUGCUUCCCCAAAGAAAAGCGGGGAGACAUCACUGCCUAGCAACUUCUUGGAUAAAGAAGGUGGGAGAAAAGCAUGUUGGUGGGUUUGGUUAGUUUUAGGUUCACUCAACUUGCUUUGUCAUAAAAUUUAUGCAUUGUUGGCCACUUUCUCAGGUGUAUCAAUUUAUUUCAUAACCGGAUCUCUUCCUUCGUCCUGCACCUCACCAGCCCUCUCAUCCAUCCAGGGAAUGAUAUCACCACCCUACACUAUUCUAGCUGAGAUUCUUCCUUCCUAAAUGUGUCGUAUGAUUGGAAGCAUGUUCAUGAUGUUUUCCCCUGUUAUUGCAAAGUCUUAUUUCUGUAUACUUGAGAUCUUUUUUGUAAGGUAAAUGCUGCUCUCUCUGAUUAAAGGGAUGAUUCUGGUCAGUGUGAAAAGGGUUAAUGAACUAUUUAGCCAAAUACAACUCAUUUUGAUUGCAUCCAAGUUAACCUUUAAAUUUGAGGCUGCAUGUUUGUGGUGAAUUGAAAAAUGAGGUUGAGUGGUUGUAUUUGUCUUUAAGUACCGUAUACAGUUCUAAUGCAGACUUGUCUCAUCUGGAAAUUCUCACCAUAAACACAUGUGCAACACGGUCUGCUUUCAUAAGAAUUUUUGCCACAUGGGAUCAAGUUUUUCUAUCUAUAGAAAAGGGAAUUUUUGAUUAGCUGUAUAUUUUUUUUUAUCUAAAACCAGAUUAAUAGCACCAAAGCAUGUGUGUAACAAAUGGCCAUGGGAGAGCCCAUACAGUUACUCAGAUUUGUACAUAGCUACACCUCUGUUAAAGUGAAGUAUAUUAAAGUGACAUUGUGCUCUACUACAUGAUACACAGGACUACAUGGGACUUCCAGGAGCUGUGCUUACAACCUCCAAAAACCUGCAUACAGAUGUUAAAGAGCCUCUCUUAGAGGGACAUUCCAUGCAGGGUACUAAGAGGGUAGGGGGAUGCAUCUUCCCACUUUGCCUAUAUGAGUUGCUUUGUAGAAAGAUGUAAUGAGCUGUCACUGUAUUAAAAAUAUGUUUAAUAAGAGAUUGCUAACAGUGGUACUGGUAAGCAUACAUAUUUUACAACGUUAGACUCUGAAACUGCAAAAUGAUAAUGGUGCUGGAAUGCAACGAUCACAUGUCAUUUUGUUUUAAGCCAUUGAUGUUUAAGCUUAUUAAACUUGGAAAUAAAUGUGACUCUUAAAUUUUA